AUGAAAGUUGCUCUUGACAAACCUAAAACAUAAAUAUUUAACAGUCCAGAUGAUAAAUAUAAACAUAGCAUGCAUAAAAGCAGAGAAGAUUCAACUCGAAGGCUUAAAGGAGAAGAAAAAUCGCAAAAGUUUAAGCCCUUGAUUUAAGUCAAGAAAUAAGAAAACUUUUAGAUGAAAAAACGAAUGAGCAUUUUAUUGCAAGAUACUUUCAAUUUCUAACAUAGCAAGAAAUAUACUUCCCAUACUCCCAAAUUGAACUUAGCUUCUCAAUUUAACCAUUAAAAUAUUCCAACAGUUAAAGUGUAAGCUAAAACUAAUACAGAUUUAUAGCAUGUCAACUCAUAGCCUCAACUGAGUCUUUAAGAAAAUUAAGCAUAGAUAUCCAAGUUCUUGAAAAAUGUAGAAAAUUGUAGGAAAAAAUUCUAGAAAGAUACUAAAAGAUUCAACAACCAGCAUAACUAGUUCAAGAAUUCUGUAAAUGAACUGGAAGAAUUUGUGGACUUUAAAAUUCUGAAUCCAUAUGAGAAGUUCUAGGAAGAAGUCAGAUAAGAGUUGCUUGAUAAAUCUCACCAUGUUAAACCAAGAAACUUCGAAUUGAAGAAAUAAACUAAAGUACUAAAUGAUUAUCCUCUAGAAGAAACCAUUAGAGCAUUUGAUGGUUAUAUAGAUUUGGACUCAGGAGUUUUAUUUAAUAAAGAUGUGAGCAGAAAACUAAUAGAAUCUUCUAUAAAGGAAGAACAGUCAAAGAAGAAAAAUUAUACAAUGCACUACCUCUGA